CAGUACUAUUUUCGUGCCACAUUGAAAGCGUCUUCCACUCUCAUCUCUGUCCUUCUAGAAAAAAACACACGCGCGAGAGAAUAUUGCGGUGAAGUUAAAACGCGCUCGGAAAGUGACUUAGAAGUAGUGUUGGAGAGCGACGAAGAAGGAGGAAGUUGCUGUGAAGCGCAAGAUGGGCGAACAGCAAUGUGAAGUCUGCAGAAAACCGGCGAAACAGUUUUGCUCGUCAUGCAGGGAGGUGUUUUACUGUUCAAGAGACUGCCAGAAACAAGACUGGAAAACUCAUAAGGCCAAAUGUAAACCCUACGUUAUUAAGACACAUCCAGUUUAUGGAAGGUACAUGGUGGCCAGCAGAGACAUUCGUGCGGGAGAGGUUAUCCUGAAGGAGCCCCACUUGGUGGUCGGCCCGAAACAGCGCUCAGCACCCGUGUGUUUAGGGUGCCACAAGUCGGUCACUGGUUCCUAUAUUUGUAAGGGCUGUAACUUCCCUCUCUGUGCCCCCUCCUGCGAAAUCUCCAAAUACCACAAGGCCGAAUGCCAGGUGCUGGCUCGCGCAACGGGAAAAAUCCGUAUAGAUAACAUGACCUCCGCCCACCCCGCCUAUGAAUGCAUUCUUCCCCUCCGCUGCAUCCUCCUGAAGGAAUCUGAUCCGAGGAAGUGGGAGGAGAUCAAGAAUAUGCAGGAUCACGUGGAGGAAAUAAAGAACACGGAGUUGCACAACGUCAUACAGCGGAAUACGGUUGAAUUCUUGAAGCACUACCUCAAAUUCGACGGGGUAGAGAGCGAGGAAGUGUACAGAGUGUGCGGCAUCCUCAUGACCAACAGCUUCGAACUCAAGCACCAUGGCACGAAACUAAGGGGGUUGUAUGCCCAGUCGGCUAUGAUGGCACACGACUGCAUACCCAAUACCAAACAUACUUUCGAGUCGGACUUAACCAUGAUCCUCCGGGCUACUAGAGUUAUACCAAAGGGUUCUGCUAUUACAAGUACCUAUACCAAUAGUCUGUGGAAUACGCUGCAGAGACGGAAACAGAUUAAGGUCGCCAAAUUCUUCCUCUGCAAUUGCCGUAGAUGUUCCGAUGCAACAGAGCUGGGAACUCACCUGAGCACGCUGGUGUGUAGUCAGUGUGGAGGCGACGUCGUUUCGACCAAACCCCUGGAUAUGGAAGCUUCGUGGGCUUGUGCCAAGUGUAACCAGAGCAUCCUUGGCAGAACUGUGUUUUGGGGGAACCAGCAGCUGUACAAAGAACUUCGAGGGUUUGACAGCAGCACCGCCCGCCCGCUGGAACAAUUUCUGGAACAUUACCAAAAGGCUCUCCAUCCAAGGCACUGGUUCUUCAUGGAGGCAAAGUACGCCAUCGUGAAAAUGUUCGGAAAUCAUCCCAAUUAUAGAUACCGUGAUCUGAGCAGGGACCAAGUGGAGAAGAAAGUGUCCUACUGUCGCGAACUGCUUGAACUCGCUGACGUCAUCGACCCGGGCCUGAGCCUCUUCCGCGGGACUCUUCUCUUCGAACUCCAGUCAGCCUUGGUCGCCCUCGCCAAGAUCCUCCUGUCCAAUGAGAUUAUUACCAAAGAGAAGACGCAGGACUACAUGUCAGAAGCCGUAACACUCCUACACGAAGCCUCUGAAAUCCUCAAACACGAGCCUGAGAUGGAAAACGGUGGACUCGAUGCCAAAUUGAAGGCUCUCUCCGACGAACUCGAUUUAUAGAAGUCUCCCCUUUUUGUAGACGCUCCCUUUGUCCGUUUUCUGUGGUGAUGUAGAUGUUUGUUGCAUAGUGUUGAUGCAGUUUACUUUUAUUGAUAGAAUAUAAGUUGUUGAAAGCUCGAAUUA